GUCGACGCGUAAGGCCAUUCUGCACGCAGACCGCCAUGUACAGGGGACCAGGCUUUGAUUUCUCAAAUUCACUACGGAAUGACUUUCUCCAGCACAAAGGAGUUGCUUUGCCCAAGGCUACCAGCACCGGUACAACGAUCGUAGGCUGUAUCUUCAAGGACGGCAUUAUUCUCGGUGCAGACACGCGUGCAACCGAAGGAGAAAUUGUAGCCGAUAAGAAUUGCGAGAAAAUACAUUACAUCGCAGAAUCUAUUCGAUGCUGCGGCGCGGGGACGGCUGCAGAUACUGAAUUCGUAACUGCAGCUAUAUCCUCGAAUAUUGAAUUGCAUGCGUUGUCGACGGGGAGGAAACCCCGCGUAGUCGCAGCCAUGACCAUGCUCAAGCAAUAUCUCUUCCAAUACCAGGGCCACGUGGGUGCUGCGCUUGUGCUGGGAGGUGUGGACUCGACUGGUGCUCACCUCUUCACUGUCCAUCCACAUGGUUCUACCGACAAACUCCCCUAUGUCACCAUGGGGUCAGGCAGCUUGGCAGCCAUGGCCGUGUUCGAAAAUGGAUGGAAACCAAACAUGGAGCGGGAGGAAGCCCUCAAGCUAGUCUGUGAUGCUGUUGCUGCAGGUAUUUUCAAUGACCUUGGUUCCGGAUCCAAUAUCGACGCUUGCGUCAUCACGGCUACCCACACCGAAUUGUUGCGAAACUUUGUCAAACCCAACGAGCGGGUUGCGAAGGAAUUAAAGUAUGGAUUUAGGCAUGGGACGACGGCUAUCAAGAGCGAACAUAUUCGUAGCUUGGUUGUCAGUGAAGAGAUUACGCCGAUCAGAGGUGAGGCUAUGGAUGUCAGCUAGAUGUUUUGUAGAAACACUGUAACGCUACUUCCAUUUCAACUGCGUCUUCCAAU